GAUAAUGGUUUAGAAGAGGAAUACAAUUAAUAUACUUUUCUCCACUUUAAUUUCAUUCAGGUGAUUUUGACUAACAGUAGAUAAUUUUAAUUUUGCAUUAUUUAAAGGCAAGUGUUGAAAUUAAACAUUUUUGUUUUACCAAGGCCUGAGCCUAAACUUUUCUUGAUUAAAUUUAAUAGAACUGAAAAAAGAUGAAAAUUACUAAGUUAACUAAGUAAGUCUAAGUAACUAAGUUAAGUUAACUGAACUAAAACAAGUAAAGAUGUAAAUCAAGACACACGAUCUGUUGGCUAUCUGUUUGCUCAGAAAAUAAAGUAAUCACUUACUGAACUUGUAACUGAGUUGGAAUAAGACUUAACCAACUAAAUAAGAGGGUUAUUUGAAUGAGUAACACUUUCAGUUAUUAAUUAGUCCCUACCUAUCAGUAUCUUAUCUGGCCUCCUAUUAAUAAAUAAUAUUUACAAUAAUUAGGUCUAUAAAUUUAUAUUAUUCCAUGUUCAUAAGUUGCUCUAACAGUUACAGUGACUAACAAUAAUUACUAAAAUUACUUAAUUAGAUCUAAAAAAGGUUAUUGCAUAAGUUUGCAAUACAUGGAUUGUGUCAUGGAUGGUCGCUCUUCAUCCUGGACUCGGUGGUGUCAUCAUUCCAUCCAAUAAUCAAGUUAAAACUAAAUAUCUACUUAAUUAAUUAUCUCUAAAAACCCUAACGCUGUUCACACUCAGUUACCACUUUCCAUGAGACUGAAUGGUAUUCGCAUGGAUGUACUGUAGUCUGUAUCUCACAAGUAUGUUCAUGUCAUUGAAGGUAUGCAUCUCUGGCUCAAUGGGAUGCAUUAAUAUGAUUAGUUAGUAGUGAUGGAUGUACAUCACAUACAGUAAAAAUGUUGUAACAACUUGAUUAGUCUGAAUUAAUGCAACACUAGCUAUUAACAUGAUCAUAUUUUAUGAACACAGUAGUUUAAAUAAGACCAUACAAUGUACACCAUACUAUGGUCAUGGUCACAAAGGCAUGGUGUAUGCCUAACUUUGUGUGUAGGUCUACUUAGGUCUAAGAUUUUCUUUGGGCAUUUCUGUUACUCUUCUCAGUUCUGAUUAAAAUUAAACCAAGGGGAAGGCCUGACUGGUAUGUUUUUGACAUUUGCACUCCAGACUUGAGUCAGUUGUUUCAGGCAAUUUCAGGCUAGUCAUUUGUAGUUAUUUCAUGAUUUGAAUGGGAAACAGAAAGGUUAUAAUUUUUUAGUUAGUUCAUAUUAAAUAUCAUUACAUUAAUGUACAAAACUUUGAUCUAUCUGCUUGCGUCAUAUUUUCGCCAUCAAAAAUUAUUCAUCUAAUAAUUAACCAUUCCUACCCCAAAUUUGUAUGGUUAGCUCAGAUAGUAAUUCAUUGAUAUGUAAUUAAUAAGCAAAUCUGUUGAUACUUAUUGAUAUUUUCUUCAUCAUUGUUGCUUACUUAGAUGAACAAAGGGAACAUUCAGCAAUUUAAAAUACUGUGACCGAUGACUUGCCUCACUUGGUCAUUUUGAUACAAUUUGCUGACAGUGAGAUUUGGGGUGUCGAAUUAAUCUUAUUUUUUUAAUUUAAAAAAAUAAAUUUGCACAGGGGUUAAACUGAAGCAAGCUGUGUUUUUAAUUCAGGCAAAAUUAAAUUCAAUAAUGUCCUUAUGAUUCUUCUUCAACAUUACCUUCAACAUAAAAUCAUAUAUAUGGAGUCAUAGGUACUUAUAAUUCUUUAUUCCAUGUAGGUAAUAUAAGGAGACGUUCAAGUCCAAUCCAAUGUGUUCUUAUGUCCUUAAUAAUCUUGUUAUAAUUUAAUUUCAAUCUUUAUUUCCUCAGGUUUUUCUUAUAGUUCAUGUGUAACUUAUUGAUAUUCCAGAAAUGAAGAUGGGAAGGUUACGUUUUCAAUACUGUAAGGUGAGUUCAUAAUGGUACUGUCUCAGACAUCUGACUUAAAAAUAAAUUACCAAUGAAAAAUUCUUAGUGGGAUUCUAUUUCUCUUUUCUCAUUUUUUUAAAUAACAUCCAUAUACAAGUGAGCAGAGAUUUCCCAAUUGCCGAUCACAUAUCUUUCCUUAUUCCUAAUUUCAUUGUUUAAAAAUUGUAUGCAUAAACUAGGAGAUCCAGUUGUAGCCCCUUUUACCACAUUUUUCCCCUCCGUUAGGACUAUCAUUUUCCUCAUCAUUUUCUCCUUAUCUCCAUAUUCCAGCACCGCAGUCACUUUAGAACUAGAUAUUGAAACUAAUUAAUUAUCACAUUGGGGUACAGAUUUUCAGUUCUUUCUAAUAAAUGAUUGAUUUAUGAGUACUGGUAUAUGAAUCACCUUCUUUAUUAUAUUUAUAUUUUUAACCUUGCUAUUAUCAUAUAAUUGAUGGUUAAAACAUUGGCCAGUAAAUUAAAAUAAGCAACUCCCUGAAUUAAAAUAAAAGUUGAUAUAAACAAAUUAUGAAAUGUUUUCUUCACCUCAUAUAUUACAUUAAGAAAUGGCGCCAGCAGGCCGUCAAGCUUGCGCUCUUUUUGCCCUCCCCAACCCAGUAUGGGGCCGCAGAGUGGCAUGUCGGGGAUGUCUCUUUGUCAGGACAGCCCCCACCCGAGUCCGCUUGACCGGUUUCCGCUGGAGGCCGCCCCAACUCAAAGACACCCGACACAUUGCACACGAUCGACUUUCUAAGGAGUCGGGAGGGUAAAAUUUAUGUCCUAAAAUCUUCCCCCACCCAUCCCGGGGAAACAUUGGACGACCUAUAAGAGGGAUUCUACAAUGGGUUUCCACAAGGCAACUAAUUUGCCAAGUAGCUAAUAAGAAAAUUGCCUUGGAGCAGCUUCUCAGGGCUGCAUAGUAGGAAUCAUCGGCCAGAGGUUACCACCUUCGCCUCUCGUCUCAUAUUCAUUAACGGCAACUUGUAAUCAUGAUCCCUACCCUGUCUCUGCCUUUUCUUCCAAUUGUGAAGCUUCACAACUGGCAGCCCUGUAGGUGCUGUUUUAUUUACGGCAGAUACCAAGCACGCCCCUUGUCUGCCCACGCAGGAUGCGCCCAGUGGUUGUGUUCCCCGGGUAACAUAGAGGGGGUCGCUGGCCGACGCCUCCUAAUUGACAAGCCACCACAGACUUGUCAACCGGGAGCCCCGGGAAGGGUUCACCAACCUCUUAAAUUGUGGCAUUAUUUGAUCAAAUAUGUUAUUUCAUAAAUAUUAAAAACAUGUAGUAAACAUAUAUUUCAGAGAGACCAAUAUUGUUUUCUUUUCUUAUUGAAAUACUUCUUGUACUUGCUUAAAGAUUUUUCAAUGAUAAAAAACCACAAGCCAGUUAUUGAUUGUUUUUACCAUGAUAUAAAAAAGAAGAGGGGAAAAAUACACAUUUUAAAAAUAUAAAUAAAAUAAUAAACCAAAAGUAAAUGUAUUUUAUUUAUUAUUUAAUAAGUAAAAUAAUUUUUAUAAUAAUACAAUUGAUGUAUACUGCCUUAAAUCAUAGGCUACUUGUUCAUGCUUUGUGUAUCUGUUCAUACCCAUCACUGUAUAGUUGUAAAAAAAAAAAAAAUAAAAAAAAAAAAUCGAUUGUGACUGGAUUAUUUUUUUCUGAGAAAGUCAACACCUUGUUUUUGCAAGUUUUUAUUCUGCUAUAGAUCUCAACGUGUCUGCAGAUCACAGUCUCCCAUAAUUUUGCAUCCCCUCACUAACAAAACUACAAUGUAACAAGAAUAAAUGUACAAAAUAAGAAAUUUGAAGUGUAUGAAGUGGAUCAAAAGUUUUGUCCUAAAAAAUACCCUUCUGGGCGAGCCACCCUCCCAUUCUGUACAUUGUUGUAUCGCAAUGUAACUGGCUGCUUACAGAACCCUGUUACCAUGCAUUCCGGCUAAGUUAGAGCCCUUAAUUGCAAAAAGCAAAAAAAACAUUUUUAAAACCCAUCACCAGUUUGCAGAAAAAAUGGUAUUAACAUCCCUACUUCUGGCUUAGUGUGCUUUAUAUUAAACGCAUAAACAGAUUACCAAAACUCAUGUGAUAUAAAUACAUUUUUUUAAAUGUUGACCUGCAUAAAAUUCUUAAUAUUUGUUAGCAAAAUUAUGCUGAACAAACUCAACAUUUGCCCCUCAACAUUUAUGGUUUAUGAGAGUUAUGCAUAAUAAAUAGUAAUCAAUAAUAUAAUAGUUUUAGCUAAUUGCCCUAACCAUUCUAUGGGUUUUUUUGCUUAGUAAUAUCUAUUAUUCACAAGUGGUACACAUAGCAAGUGUAUUGCAUGAAUUCAACUAUUCUUUUACCAUAUUAAUUUAUUCUUUUUAGGAGAAAAUAAUUUUGAUGCAAGUCUUAUAUAUUAGUCAUAUACAUGUGUGUGAAUGCGUAAUUAACUUAGUUAUAUAAUUUCAUUGCUGUAUGUUAUUACUAUAAAUGAAAAACUAAUAAGAGGUCAGACUCAUACAUCUUCCCUUGACUGUAAUCUUUCUUUCAUGCAUAAUUCAACUCAAGUUACCUUCUUCUAAUCAUCUAGCUAAACUGAAAUUGUGUGUUAAAAUAUUCAUUUCCUAGUAACCUUUGUUGUCAUUAACAGUCUUCAUUGUCAAAAUGUAAUCUGUUUUCAUGGAGGAAGUACCUAGGGAAAAAAAAGAAACUUUUUUAAACUUUUUGUGUUUUAUUUAAAACCAUGUUCCGAAAAGAUUAUGUUCUUUUUUUUUUUUUCCCUUAUAUAUUUUAAAAUAAUUAUUUAUAUAUAAGUCUAUAUCUUUAGAAACUAUUACCACCAUUAACUUAUAUUUUAAGCCUUUAUCGAUAGAGGGUGCUUGAAUUUGUUAUUUCCAUGUACUACUGGUAUUUAUUUUAAAAUCCUGAUCUUAAAAGUGAUUAUUAACCCCUACCUAAGUAGAGGUCUUAGAAAGAGGGUUGGGGAUGGUGAGUGUCAAGACUAUGAAUGAAGCAUACAUGUCUGCAUUAGAGUAUUGAAUGAAUUGAAAUCUGAGAAUGGCAGUGAAGUCUUAUUGUACCAUAUUUAGGUGUUUUCUUGUUUUUCAUUGCUCAUGUAUGAAAUUCAAUUUGUCUUGUGUUUAGCUGUGUUCGUUAGGGUGGCAAAUUGCUGUUUCAAAUCUAUAUCUAUUAAAAGAUAUUCUCUGAAGAUUUAAAAACUGAGCUUUUUAGUUCUUAUUCUUAUGUUGUUUUUAUUUCAGGUGAUCAUAGCCACCUCCAUGGUAUGGAUCAUGCUGGAUGUCUUUCUACUCAUGUAUUUUACCGACUGUACAAACGGACCGCGCUGUAAUCCGCAAGACGAGCUCAAACAUAUCUCAGAGAAGCCAAGAGAAGGCUUCCUACACAAAAUAUUCCCAAAAGGUAGGUAUUUUUUUAAGUCUUCUUUUGUUGUUCACCAACUGGUGCUUUCAUUGACAUAAAUUGCUCUGACAUUUAUUUUCCUCAAGCUGAAAUAAAACUAAGAUAUUUUUUAUUUUUGUUGUUUACUAUUUUUUUCUUGCGCCACACUAAACUUUAUGUUAAAAAUAAAUAUUGUUUAAUAGAGCCCACAAUGUAGUUGACAGCAAGAAGCAAACUGAUAUCAUUAUAAAGAGACCAAGCUUCUAUUGAGUAGUGGUGUUUUGUUGCACUUUGUAUGGCAUUAGCUUUGCUAUAAUUCACCAUUCUGCUUUCUGUGGCCACCUUUUUAUUUUGCUGAGAAAAUGAAGUGAUGUUAAGUUUGUUAGACUAACUUGAGUGAAUCAGAAAGGGGGGAUUACAUAAUUAUAGAGAAUACUAAUCAACAGUAACAAUUAUAAAAAAAAUUGGCAUCAUUUUUUACAACAAAGAUUGUAUUCAAAACUGUACCGAUUUCCCAAUACCUUUUUUUUCUUUGAUAACCAUUUUGAAAAGAACUUAAUAUUUUUUUUUUAUCAACAUAAUAAGAUUGGAUAUUAUAAUUGAAAUCAAAGGAAAAUAGUAUAAUUUGUUAAUACAAUAACAGAGUAACUUAAAUACUUAAAAUAACUUGAAAAUUAGUUAUGCUAAAUCUAAAUUUCUGCUGUAGUUCCCAAAUGCAUUUGUUAAUGUCAUUUUUCAUUGGAUUUCAAUCUUAUGAUUUUUUUCAAUAAAAUUUUAUGUUGUGUUAGAUAAAAAGAAACUUUCUUUACCCUGACAGCUUCCAGAAAGUGUCUGUUAAUUGAAAUGAACGGGGCUCUGUUUAAAACAUUUUGUUGGAUACAAAAUUCUCUAUGCAGCAUUUUUAGUUGGAUGUGACACUAACUUGCAUGCUAGCAGGUCAUGUCCAUGGGAAAUGUGGAGCUCAUUCUUGGCAGGUUUUCAAGUGUUCCUUUGGGUGCAUUGGAAUCAUCUGUUGGAGCUUUGUGAAGUUAUCAUAUCUUAGGUGCGGGAUGUAUCUUACACCGCCUUUGAAAUAUUGUAAUGCUGAGCAUAAUGUAAGGUCCACCAUAUCAAGACAUGGCACCUCACUCACACUCAUUAUUAUAGUGAGAUAAUACAAAUCUCUAGUUCUGCAUAAACGUCUUACAAAAUCUGUAGUAGAAAAAAAUGUUCAAUCUCUUCCAUACACUUGGGUUACCUAAGUCACCCUGUUUGGGAUCUGAUGAUGCGUACUUUAUUUCUUGGUGUGUGUUGAGGUGAUUUGCUUAACUUUUCUUUCUACCUUAUAUAUUUAUCUGCGAUUGGGUAGGUAGUAUUGAUCAGGAGGGUAAGGUAUGUUAUUUUUAAUGAGCGGCAGAUUUUAACCAAAUUCCAAGCCUAUAAACCAUAUACAUGCCAGAGGAAAUGUUCAAAUGAGCCAGUGUUACAAGAGGUUUUUAUGUCUUAACUUCCGUAAUCCUGACUCGCACACAAAAACGCUUGCCAUCAGAGGGGGGGGGGGGUGUCUCCUUCCUAAACCAGUUCUUAAUCUUGAUAAGUCACUUUGUUCAGUAGCUAGUUUUUCUAACCUUGUUUCAGGUAACUAUCCAGGUAAAUCGUGGCCAUUUCACAUUAGUAUUAGAAUACCUGUUUCGCAGAGGCAUUAUAAAGGCUUAUAUUUCUUGAUAAGUCACUUUGUUCAGUAGCUAGUUUUUCUAACCUUGUUUCAGGUAACUAUCCAGGUAAAAAUGUUUGCAUUAAUUGUUAGCCCCUCUGUGUUGAGUUUAUGGCCACUUUCUCUUGUUGAAUCUACUGCUGUCUGGGCUCCUAGCUGCUGUCUGGACUCCUAGCGUCUGUCUCAGUUCGCAGCUGUUAACAAUUUAUACUUCGGCGGAAACUGAUUAACCUUAUCUGAAAUAUAAGCCUUUAUAAUGCCUCUGCGAAACAGGUAUUCUAAUACUAAUGUGAAAUGGCCACGUAUUUGGUCUCGCACAUUCAUUAUGACAAUAACAUGACAAUGUACACAUCUUUCUGAAGUUAUCCCAGCAAGUCCUUAGUUUAUAAGGCUGAUAUGAUGUGUGAGGAAUUUCGUCAUUUUGUGUUUGGAUCAUAGGAUAUUUUCCAUACCAUACUAUAAACACGGGAUGGAGUUCCAUUGAGUUUUUUUAUAUUGCACUAUUGUUUUUUCAAAUAGUUUUCAAUUUUAACUUAUAACAUUGGAUGCCUGAAGCCUGGUCAAAACACCCAUUCCCUCAUCCCCUCGCUCAGCCGUGCAUCCUUGCUGGGACACUCAUAUAAUAUUUGAUGGAGAUUUUUCAGAAUAAGACUAUUUAUUCACCCCUCUCCCAUGUACAUAUAGAUAUAUAUAUGGAUUGUAAAUAAAGUAUUUUAAUGUUGAGCCUACCAAAAUAAAACAGUCUUUAAAAAAAAAAUUGUUUCUUCUUUGUGUUCCAAGAAUGCAUCACUCACUCAUCUCACACCACAUAAAUAAGAGCCCGGUUGUGUCAGGCCUCCUUCCUGGUGUCAUCUCGGAAGGUUAAUGGAUCCACUUCACAAUACCGUUGACUAUUGGAUGCGUGUCCUAUGGACGCCCGACAGUAGAAGUAGUCAGCGCUGUCAUUGAUGAUUGUUGUGUGUCUUGUUGGUUGCGUUACUCAUCUGGCUUGCAGUCCCAGGGGUCGUGUUGUUUUCCUCAUCAGUUGUAAAUCCAAUAAGCAAUAUGAAUCAUCUAUCUUUUCUAGGUUAGAUUAAAACAAACACGAAGUUAGGAGAAAAAAACACACGCACACUUUAUAUAUUGGCCUCAGCAUUAAGCAAUAAAUUAAGGAUACUACUAACGUAUAAUAAAAGAAAUUGUAAUAAUUCUAGAUGUCAAAGAAACAAGAUAUAAAUCAACAAGAUAUGUGUCACUACAUGUCACUGUUACAAACAAGUUUCCGGGUUUACUCCAGAAACAACUAAAUUAUUCCAAGUCUUUCAUAGGAAAAUAUUUUCUUUUAAAAAAAAAAAAAUUAAAAAAAAGUUCUUAGCUUUUUGUGGAUUAUUUUUUUGGUUUAUUGGUAUCCAGAGUCUGGCGGACUUCAAGCAAGUUUGGGUCACUGGCGGCUUUUGUGUUUGCUCUCCAAACAAAAUGCUCUCCCGAUGUUAGGUUAUCUGUUUGUCUGUCGAUUUUGCAGCCGCUAGUUGAACAGACGUUGAAGAUGUCCCACAAACUAUACAUCUGAUGACGCUUGUCUUGUUUAUUAAAGUUAAUUCGUCCACAAAUCCCCAAACCCUCUCCCUUUUCUCCUGAACUAGCCCUGACUUUUGCUACUACUGAUGGCGUGGUGUCCUGCCUGCUCUGUUGUAUCGUGAAAUAGCCGCCUCUAUUGAAAAAAAAAUAAUAGUAAAGAUCGUUCCCCUUUUGGACAUGUGAAAUCUGAUAGCUAACGUCGUUGAUGGGAUCUGCCCGUAACGUCAUUGAUCGGGUGACUGCCCGUAACGUCGUUGAUGGGUUGACUGCCCGUAACGUCAUUGAUCGGCUGACUGCCCGUAACGUCGUUGAUGAAUGACUGCCCGUAACGUCAUUGAUGGGAUGACUGCCCGUAACGUCAUUGAUGGGGUGACUGCCCGUAACGUCGUUGAUGGUUGACUCCCCGUAACGUCACUGAUGGGGUGACUGACCGUAACGUCAUUGAUGGGAUGACUGUCCGUGUGAAGAAACCACUUAAAUUGGUGUGUGUUGUUUAUUUUCUUCAUUACAAAAAAAAUAUUUAAAAAUUGAUUCUCUAUUGAUUGGUUGUUUGGUGCCGAAGGAAAGGGAUUUUUUGUUUAAGUCGUUGUUUGUGAAUCGUGAUUGUCUUGGUAAGCCAGCGAUUGUCUUGGUAAGCCAGCGAUUGUCUUGGUAAGCCAGUGAUUGUCUUGGUAAGCCAGCAGUUGUCUUGAUAAGCCAGUGAUUGUCUUGGUAAGCCAGUGAUUGUCUUGGUAAGCCAGUGAUUGUCUUGGUAAGCCAGUGAUUGUCUUGGUAAGCCAUAAACUCGGGGGUUCUGGUUUCUGCCACUCUGCUGACAGGGUACAUGAACAUUUGAUAACAAAGCCGUCGGUUAACUUGACUUUGAAACAUGCGUUUUGGUGUUGUGGAAAUUGGCGAGCUGGCAUUUAGAAAUUGACCUUUUACAGGAUAUUAAUACUGCCGCCCUGGGAGAAUCUGGCGUACGUCAGACGUGCCAUUGUCAAGAUCAGAGAUUGGUUACACUGAUUAAGAUAACGAUCCUCCGAUGUUCCAGAUCCUCAUAUUGUUAGAUAAGAUUUAUGAGAAUCCUCGUAUGUUAGAGCUAGACAUAUCAAGAUCCUCAUAUUGUUAAAUAUAUGAGAAUCCUUGUAUGUUAGAGCUAGACAUAUCAAGAUCCUCAUAUUGUUAGAUAAGAUUUAUGAGAAUCCUCAUAUUUUAGAUUUAGACAUAUCAAGAUCCUCAUAUUGUUAGAUAAGAUUUAUGAGAAUCCUCAUAUUUUAGAUUUAGACAUAUCAAGAUCCUCAUAUUGUUAGAUAUAUGAGAAUCCUCGUAUGUUAGAGCUAGACAUAUCAAGAUCCUCAUAUUGUUAGAUAUAUGAGAAUCCUCUUAUGUUAGCGUUAGACAUAUCAAGAUCCACAUAUUGUUAGACGUAUCAAGCUCAUUGUGUCUUAAACAUCAAAGCAGUCAUAACACCGCCUAGAACCAAUAUGCUUAUUUAAUAGUUCUACUGGCUCUCACUACCACUGGUCGACAAAGGUAAUUUAGUAGACCAAUUUGUUACUCUGUAGCUAAAAAAUCUUAACAGCAGGCAUGACAUGUAAUUGUACAUAAGGGGCCAGUUCUAACGUGUUGGUGUCCGUCCGUCCGUCCCGUCCCCCCCCCCCAAUCUUCAACCCGUGGUUGGUCAGCAAAGCGCAUGUUAGAAAGGUAAACCCACUUUUUGGCUCUUCGUUAGAACAACGUGAUUCUCAAAUCACUUGGACGGGAAUAUAUGGAGGUGUUUUUUUGUUGUUUUUUUUUUUAAAAUCGUCCCAAUGCCUCAAGGUAGAGUUGGCCAACCCAGAUGCCUUUGCGGGCCAUUUUGAUGACGAAACAAUUCCUCGCCGGCCAUUUUGAUGACGAAACAAUUCCUCGCCGGCCAUUUUGAUGACGAAACAACUUUUCGCAGGCUGCAUGUCAUUACACAUAAUAAUUAAAAUUACACACACACACACACAAAACAUGCGCAUAUUAUUUAUUUAUCCUUCAUACACAUAAUUCUCAAAUGAUAAACUAAAAUUAAAUAAAGGCAUGUUGAUACACCUGACAUUUUAUCUUGCUUGUCAUGUCUUUUCAUUUCGAGCUUUAACAUAUCUUGUACGACCAUUGGCAUUGCUUAAAACAUGGCAGCUUAUAGUGUGUUUCAGCAUAUCGUUCGGGCGAUCCUUGUAUCUAGAGUUACUGUUACAUAUGACGUUCACGCAAUGAAGUCGCAUUUGAGAAAACAGAAGUAAAAAAAAAAUGUGUAAAAUAUUUCGUAAAAUAGAGUUGUAAACAAGUUUCAGGGACACUCCGCUAACAUAGUAAUACUGAACAGUGUUGACAUUUUGUCCGCGCUGAGUACCCGGAUGAUGAGUAAUGGUGACAUCAGUUCUAUUAAUAGAUUUCCGCCAUUAAAUGACAAGCCCUAUUGCGGAGGCAGAUAAGGCGUUCCCCAUCUACCAGAGCUAAACACGCAGAGAUGUCCCCCAUCUAGCAGAAACAAACAUGCAGAGAUAAGACGUUCCCCAUCUAGCAGAGUCAAACGCGCAGAGUAUAAUAUUGAAUGCUUUAAUUGCUAAGUUACGUGUUGCUAUUGAUUGGAUUCAGCUUGGGAACUGACACGUGGAGGUGUGCUGUGUUGGGACACGUGGACGUAUACUGUGUUGGGACACGUGGAGGUAUACUGUGUUGGGACACGUGGAGGUAUACUGUGUUGGGACACGUGGAGGUGUACUGUGUUGGGACACGUGAUACAUAUCUUACUCUUUUUUUACUGUAAUGCUAUAAUAGCGGGCCUGUGUGUGUUGUUAAUCUCUUUCGCUUACCAAAAAUAGACAUAAUGAUCUUAUUUCAAUGAAUCAUAAUAAUAUUAUUUUAAUGAAUAAUAAUGAUAUUAUUUUAAUGAAUAAUAUUGAUCUUAUUUUAAUGAAUAAUAAUGAUCUUAUUUUAAUGAAUAAUAAUGAUCUUAUUUUAUUUAAUAAUAAUGAUCUUAUUUUAAUGAAUAAUAAUGAUCUUAUUUUAUUUAAUAAUGAUCUUAUUUUAAUGAAUAAUAAUGAUCUUAUUUUAUUUAAUAAUAAUGAUCUUAUUUUAAGCGACAUGCGUCAAAGUAGCCUGUGUUCCAAUGUCAUAUUUGCCAAUCUGUGUUUUCGUAUCACAUUUUGAUACACGUUUUGUUCACGCUCUGUAGUCAAAUUGGAUGUCAUUUCUCUAUAGGACGAGGUUUUGGAUCAUGAUCUUGGCAACGUGACAAGUAGAUACUAAACAAUAGCUCGGGAAUCAGCCCAUUCUUCUAUUUCAAAAUUCCCAUCGGUCCGACACAAUGAUAUGUUUGUAAAGCAAAAAAAAAAAAAAAAAUUGUAUCGAUUGUUCAACGGGGUUUCCCAAACAUAUUUUUAGAAAUGUUUGUCCACGCCAUUGGUGGGCGUCGUCAUAAAAGAUUUUGGUACACUUAAGUAUUUCAAUGGGUAAUUACUACAACUUGGUAGGCGAAUACAAAAGUUGGGGCAUUGGGACCUAAAUACUAAUUUAGAGGGUGGAUGUACACACACCCCACCCCCCCCACCCCACCCCCCGGUUGAUGUGUGUAAUGGGGAAAUGGCACAUUGAGACGACUGUUGAAAUGUACCACACUACAGGGGUAAUUGGUGUAAUGGGUGGGGGGUGGGACAAUUAAUCCGUUGACCAGCGGUGGUAGAUCAAUGUUAGUCGUCUGUGGACGCAUGCUAUACAUCCAAGUAACACCAUUGUGCCAAACUGUCACCCGUGCCGUUGUGCCGGCAUUGAGGCUGUAACUGCGUGGCACGACUCAGUGGUUGAAAUGAGUGGGAGUCAAACGAAGAACUUUCGUCUCGUCACUGUUGGUGGCUAGCUAGCGGAAAUAUAUUGUAAACAUGACAGUACUAAAGGGGAGGGGGGUGGGGUUCUUCGUACAUCAAGGAUCGUUCGUAAACUCCUGACAGGAAACCACAAACAAUGGUCCACUAAAAGUAAAGUUCUCCGUUUAAGAAAGCUGAAUUUCUACACGGUAAAAUAAAAAUGAAGGCUGUACCGGUCCUCAAAAAGGUGUCCCUUUCUACGCUGUCAAAUCACGUUAAGGUUGGGGGAGGAGGUGGGGUCGAACGUAAGACCUGAUAAACCUCUGCUUUUUUCUCAAGCUCGGGACCUCUUAAGUGCCGCACCCCCCUCACCCCUGACCCCCAAGCAUCCACUUAAGUCAUUUAUGCCCAAAAGUCGUCUGCUCGGGAUGAUGAUAAAGAUGGUGGUUGGUGAAUAAGUGAUCAGAUUGCGGGGAGGGGGGGGUGUCAGUAAUUCCCUCAAGCUCUCACGGGCCAAGAUGGAUAAUCGUCUGUCUGUAAGUGAGAUGUGUGCCCCUGGGAUCCUGCUGGUCUUAUGUACGGCGUGCACACAACUGGUGUACUGAACAUGCACGGACAAAGUGCACCACAUCAAUAUCUGUCGCAUAGACGUGCAGCAUAGGUCACAUGGGACACCUCGUGGCGAGGAAAAGACAAUGUGUCAGGUGUACGGGGGGGGGGGGGGGGAGGGGGGGGGAGACCUGUGGGGGACCCGCGUCGAGCCCGAUGACGUGCCUGCUUGUUGUUAACUGUGUCAAUUUGAGGGCGGUGGUUAACCACAUUGGUAGUCCAGGUCAACAUCCGAAUGUAUAUGACGACGAAUUGUGUGGGUCCCGUGCUCAUCCCUGCAUCCAGUAGAAGAUCACCUGAGAAGAACAAGCUAUUAUUUCUUCUCUUAUUUUUUUGUUAGACUAAGGGCUGUCAUGUAUUUAUGAAGGUACAGUCAUAAAUCACUUUUGUGCAAAUAGUGUAUCUUUUUGUAAUUGUAGUUGAUCUUUCACCCGGGUUUAAAAUCUGGACAUUAAAAAAAGAACAAUAGUGUAAUGAUUGUUGUGACCGUCUUGCAUGAGAGACGAUCAUUUCUGUAUGACAGUCUUAUGUGUGUCACAGUUAUGUGUGCGGCAAGGUCGUGUGUGUCACUCGGUGGUCAAACACACAUUUGGGCCACUUUGCAGUUUGGGUUUCGAUACUGACAGUACUCAAAUACACAUUUGCAGUUCGAUACUGACAGUACUCAAAUACACAUUUGAGUUUCGAUACUGACAGUACUCCAAUCUCCCGAAACCAGCAUUCAUUUGUUGGUUUGUAAUUUUUGCUUGUUCGCUAACUCCAAAGAUGGUCAAGCCAUAGUCAGCAAAGCGUACGGACUUUAAGACCCAUAGUACAAUACACAGAGUGGAAGAAUCCGUUGGCAGUUACGGGACCACGUCAUCAGCUGGCGAUAGAUCUUUAUCUUAAACAGAGCAUGAACUGUUAUGUGCAUGCAACUUGUCCCAUUUAGUACCAGUAGAUCAGGGCGUUACCAAAUUUUUUUCACGGCAGGCCGAAUAACGGGGGGAAAAAAUGACGAGCUCGGGCCGGAUAAUCAUUCUGUACAAUACUUGCAAGCCAGAGGGGAAGCUCUGGGAAAAAAGACGAAAAACUAAGUUAGUAUUCCUUAUUAACCAACCAUGGGUGAGUGGCGUGCAAUGCAAAAAAACAAAGACAACAGACAUAAAAAUUUAUUACUAUAAAAGUUAACAAAAACGCGACGUUAGCAAAAAGAUAGUUGCAACAUCAGGCCUAGUGUGCACACAUUCGAAUCUCACAAACUAAACUCGUUGAUGAGAUUUGUGAAACUGACGUUUGGCUUUCAAGAUAUCAUCAAUGUUUGGUUUGGAAUUGCUGCAUCCCAUCAAAAGAAUUGUUUUCAAAAGUUCAUCAGUUAAUGUAUUUUCCAGUUGUUGUUCUAUGGAUGACGGAAAACAACCCUUCCGUUAUCUAAAAUUCCAAAUUGACACCACAAAUAAGCACGAGAAGUUGUGAUGUAUUCGAGAGGUCAGUAGACUCAUCAAGCACCAGAGAAUACCACAUCAAGUUCCUAGCUUUCUCGCUUAUCAGUAGCACUGUGCUCUCUCCAAGUUCCUCUGUUCUCUGCACAACCGAACUUGCCAAAAGGCUGUUAGGUCCAACCGCAGCGACUACGAUUUUUAAUGUACCAUACGUUUCCAACAUUUCUCAUUCUUUCACCUAUUUACAGUUUGUGGUAGUUUACAGUUGUUUUUUACAGUUAUAAAAAAAAUUUGUAAUAUUAGAGGGCAUAGACUUAAAGGAAAGUGAUUCUUAUUUUGGACAUUUUUUUUAACCAGCUUUCCCUAAAAACAACUUUCUCAAGUUACUUGGGUAGGUUUUUUUAAUGAUGUCAUCAUUUUUUAAGUAAUUCUUAUUUAAAUAGAUCUUGCUUUAUGCUGAUCUGAGUUCGAGUUUGAACCACGUUACAUUUCACCUGCAACUUUAUUUUUUACCAGCGAUAGACUGUGAUAAUGUGAUCUGUACAUGCACUCGGUAUAAAUUAAUAUCAAUAGCAAAUAGACGUCUGCAAAACAAAGCGACCGCAGACUGCAAUGUAAACGUCGGUUUUGUACUUUUAGAGGUUAACUUUUUUGUCGGAAGCUUAACUCGAUCCCACUAGGCACUGCCAUGCGAGUAGUUAUUGUAUUCAGUUUACAUACUGUAUGUUUAUUUCUUUACUAUUAAGACACUGUAUUGUACGAUAUUAAGACGAUAUUGUACGAUUGUAGGCGUUCGAGGGUUAUCAGGUCUGUAAUAAACAGAAAAUCUAGAUAUACUCAUUUAAACUUGAAAAUGGUAAAUUAAGGCGCAAAGAAGCCAGAAGGUCCACGCACUUGUGAAGAUCUCCUGGUAUUCUAAACAUAAUAUUGAAAUUUAAAUUGUAUCACAACAUCUCGUGUUCCAUACGUUUUAUCAAGCAAAUUCAAGUACCGUCGGUGGGCCGGAUCGGGCCCGCAGGCCGUAGUUUGGUGGACACCCCCCCCCCCCCCAGUAGAUGAAUGCAUACAAAUCUUAAACUUCUACUCACACAAGUUGAUAUCAAAGCUGGAAAUAUGUUAACGUGUGUGACCAUGAAUUUUAGAUGUGUUCCACUGGAACUUGCUGUCGACUGUUUGCAAUAAUGAUUAUCUCAGAUUAUUUCUAGUCAUUUCUUUCCAGACGAUUGAGGUUUGUGUGGGCAGUGUAUCACCGCUGGUGUAAUAUCGAAUGCUCUCCCAUGGGGCUACCCAACACUGAGGCCACUCGUCAUAAUGUACUGGUUUGAAAUCUUGGCUGUCUCAAAAAUGAUUUAUGGCAGAGAGAGUCAGAGAGAGUCAGAGAGAGUCAGAGAGACCAAGUUGUUAUUCUCAAGCACUAGCUUUUAUUUCGAGGGGACAGGUGAAGGGUUUCUUUCAGCUAUAUCGGGGGGGGGGGGAGCCAAUUGUGCCCCCCACCCAUCCCCACCCCCCAACAAAAAUUAUGUCCAACAAUAAAUCAACUGGCAUAGAGAGUCAGAGAGACCAAGUUGUUAUUCUCAAGCACUAGCUUUUAUUUCGAGGGGACAGGUGAAGGGUUUCUUUCAGCUAUAUCUGGGGGGGGGGGGAGCCAAUUGUGCCCCCCACCCAUCCCCACCCCCCAACAAAAAUUAUGUCCAACAAUAAAUCAACUGGCACCCCCACCCCACCCCCGAAAAUCUGAAGUGCCCCCACCCAGGGGAAAAUUUCGGAAAUAAUCACUGGACAGAUGGCCUUGCUGGUACACUUCUGAGUUAAACUUAAGGUUUGCAGGCUGUCAUAAGAAAUUCUUUACCUAAAGUGCAUCCCCACGACCCAGACCUACUCUAACUAGUAAUAGGACAUUUGAUACUGAUUGUAAGCAUUCAAGAGGAAAAAUAUACGUUUUUUUAAUAACAAUCAAAACGUUAGACAAAUAUGGGGUUGAGGGGGUAUCCACCAUACUGAAAAGUUUGAGAAGCACUUGACUAGAGGGAACUAAUACACACAAUCAGCUUAUAAGGAAUCAAUAGGACAAUCACUGAUGAAAUUUUCUUGCUAUAAAUAUCUUGCAGGUCCUGUGUAAAACACAGAGCAGUCACACCUGGCAUUUUGUCUUGUUUAGAAGAGUCACCAGUGUUCUUUGAUACUAAACAAACGGGAGGAAUGAGAUGGGCAAAGUGAAAAUAGCCAACGAUAAACCACCAUAAUUCACAAACAUGGGAUGAAAUCAUCAAAGGCCUAUAAAUACAUUUCUAUUAAAUUCUGAGGGACACUAGAAAUACAUAUUCUUAGUGUAGUAACUCAAGUAUAGAGUGACAUGUUUAACAUAUCUUCCUCAUGAAUUGAACAAAAAAUAAACAUGGGUGUAUGAUAUUGGGGCCCAGGGUAAACACAAGGGAAAAAAGUAAGGGAACCCCCCCGAGAAACCCCCCCACACACACCCCCCCCCCCCCCACUUUCCUUGAAUUGAAUAUGUAUGUAUUUAUGAGCAAAUACAGUGCAGUGUUAAAAAAGGACAGGAGGGGCAUUUCUCAUAUGUUCCUUCAGGACUCAAGCCCUCACUGGGGCUAAACAUUAAGAGUUUCUGAAUAAACAAUUUUUUUUAGUAAAUUAUAUUGAUUUAAAUGUCUCCUAAGUGGGAUACAAUUAUCUGUUCACUGUGUUGGUCAAUUUAUGUUGUUUUAUAAAAUUUCCAAGCUGUUAUACUCAAAUUUACAAGCUAGUAUAAUGUUAACAUGCUGUCAUAACCAAGUUUACAAGCUACUAUAACAUACAUGCAUGCUUUAUUCCAAUUUUUGUCAAAUUUUGAAUUUUUUGUAUACUGGUGAAUAGAAAUUUUAUUUAAAAUGGACAGAUAAAAAAUUUGAUAAGAAAUAGAUGUAAUUAGACACGCAUCUCUGAUUAAUUAUGUUGGCUUAGUAAUACAGAUUCCUGUAUUUAAAUUAAGAAAGUAAAAUAAAGUUUUUUUCUCAUUUGACACAGUAGUUACUAACCUACUAUGCUGUCUUUGUAUAAACAAUGAUAUCAGUGAAACUGCGCUGUUUUUAAAGUUAGAUGGCCUACUGAUGCUCAACUUGGUCAUUUUGACUGCACAAAUAAGAUUUAAGCUUCUUGUUUUCCAAGUUGAAUUUAUUGCAUCACCACUUGUGAACUUUUCUAAAUCCAGUGGAAAAACUGUUCAAAUGUCUAUUCAGCCAUACAACUUGAACAAUUAUAAAAAUUGUACAAAGUAGGGUGCAGGUUGAUAUGUAUGUAGUAUAACUGAAUUUCACUAGCUACUAUAACCAAGUUUACAAUCUACUAUCAUCAACUAUCCAUACUUCGGGCUUGAAAAUAACAUAUUUUAAAUGUUUCAAAAAUUCAAUAAGCUUUUUUUUUUUUAAACUUAAUUAAACCAUAAAUCUUGAGUCUUUUGACAUUGAACGUACCUAUAGCAUGAAAUGUCACCCUGCAUGAGUCUCCUUACUUAUUAAAUACAGGCCAGCCGCAUGCUAGCAGGUAUUUAAAAAAAUGUGUUACCCUUCCCAUGCUACUAAUUGGUAAUCAAGGGCCUGGUGGACAUCUAGCAUCAGUUUUCAUUCCUUGUUUAAGAUGGACUUUUCAUAACUUACGACAUUCCCACCCUCUUAAAUAUGACAUAUCCGAUAGUUGACUGUACAACCAAAUUUACAAGCUUCUGUAACCAAAUUGACAAACCCAAAUGGCUGCUCUGGUGAUAACAUGGUGUUGAGGCAUGUGCCCAAGUAUUUAGUAACCAGAUCCAACAUUAGCCUGGAGGCAUGGGACAACUAACUGAGAACCCUUAGUAUCAUCAUGUGAAGCUUGGGGCUCUAUGAAAUGUAUUGUUCUGCAUUGGAUUAUACUCACAGGCUUAAUUAGAAGUGUGCUCCAAGUGGCAGGUGGAUUCAGAAAAAUUGAGGGUUCUGGGAAUAUAUUGCAGGGAUACUUGAGGGACAGGGUGAUAAUCUUUAGUUGCUUUGAGGGAUUGAGUGCUACUCUGUGGAUGUGUCAGUGCUAAUCAAAUAAGAGAAUUUAUUGAGUGGGUGCAUCCUUAAAUUGUAUUAAAAUGACAUCCACCAUCUUCAAUGGUUACUCUCCAUGCAUAAAGAUAUAAAAGACAUGCUUCUUCAUUGUCUGACCUAGCGUGCAACUGAUUUUCUGUCUCAGCAGAGAAGUUAAGUGACUGGACAGGAUCGGAUUUCAUUGAACAAAAAACUUCUCCUAGAACCCUCAUCCCAAGUGCACAGAAAGCAAAGCCCAAAGAUCGUGGCCGGCCAUCGUCAAAAAACUCCAAGAGGCCUCCUGUUGAACAUAAAAGUACUUUGUUUCUUGUUUAACAACUGGAACAGCAACUUUUCCAUCUGACAUUUUACCAUCAUUGCUUUUCUGUUUGGUUUUCUCUGGCAUGUUUUGUUGGUCUGUGUCAACUAUAUGUGUGUGGAUGGCAUUCAUCUAUCUCCUGGGGCAUGGGCUUCUGUGAAUGUUGAUAUAAGUAAUAGUGUUUUUAUUCUACAGAAUCCAGCACUUAAUCAUGUUGAUUUUCAAUAUCUUUUCAUAUAUUUUAAGUAUAUUCUUUGUAUGAAGCUUCUGGUUGCAAGGCUAAAGGGUAUACUCAUUAAACUGAGAUCCAAAGUUCUUAAAUCUAUAAGUUCAUCAAACUGAGACCCAAAGGUCUCUAAACUUCUAAUUCUUUAAAUGUUUUACUCAAUUUACUAUCAGUGAAGCCCACAAUGAAACACAUUAUAGGAAGCAAAUGAUCUGAAAGAAGGAUCCACAUUUCUUUUUCCCUAAAGGCGUUUCAUUAUUUGUUUCUAAUGUUGCUUUUUUACAUUUUGGUUGGAUAAGCGAAAUGCUGUAGUCUACAUUGAGUAUGACUGGAGACAUUGAAGAGCUUGGAAAUGCUUGCUAUUGCUUGUUUUCACAUUAUUAGCUCAAGCUGAAUUCAUAACUUUUUAAAAAUUACCAAACAUUUUUAUUUUUUAGCAGCUGUUAAUACUAUUCAUCCAUCUGUUUAAUAGGAAUACUUAAUACCAGCAACUGAAUAGAUUCCCACAAACAGAGACACAAAACUUAAAGACAGGCACAAAAAAAUAUUGAAUGAUAUAAAUAUUUGAAUACAGUUGAGAUUAAUUACGUGAAGCCCAUGUCUAGUUUAACAGUAUUGAUCUACCAAUAGGCCCUACCUCUAUGCAAAGGGGUGUGUUGAAAUCAAUAGAAAGUGUGCAGUUUAAAAUAGCUAUUUCCUUUACAUUUGUUUUACCUGCAGGACAGGCCUGCACAAUAUAACGGCCCGCGGGAGCACCCACUUUGCGGCCCGCUUAGUAAAGAAAAAAAAUUUUGAAGUAUUUUUUUUUUAAAAUAUUUUCUUAAUAGCUUUCCUCCCUGUCCUAUGUUCUUUUGGCCCGCACAAGUUUUUCAUAAAGUAUUACGGUCCGCCUUAUAUUUUGAUUUGUGCAGGACUGCUGUAGGGAAAUAAGCUUAGCUCAGAGUGCAUGAGUAAACUGACUCAACUCUCUUGAUGAAAUGCACUUUUAAGUUCGGCUGCUUUUCCUAUUCAUUUUUACUUAAACAUUUUUAUGUCUCAUGCAAUUUUCAAACUGUAGAUUUAUUUUGCUUUAAUUUGAACUGCUGUAACCGGUAUCAUUGAAAUAUUGGUGAAUUAAUACAUUUUUAUUUCAUUGAAAACACUAACUUAUUUUUUUGUAACCAAAGUCCAGGAAAAGGUGUAUAUAAAAUCUUUGUUGCUUGUUAAUAAAUAUUUCUUAAAAUCUUGGCCUCAAAUUAUAUUAUAUCUUAAGAAUCUUUAAAUUAAAAAAAUAAUAGUAAUUUGUGAAGUGUACAUUAAAAGCAAUAUUCCAAAAGUGCAGCCGUUACAUUGAGCUUUUACUUUAAAAUAAACAAUCUAUUUUCUUACCUGCGUACAUGACGUAUUUUUGUUAAGAACUACUCACUGUUAAUUUUCACGAUGUCUCCUUUUAUCCUGAGUCCUUGGUUCAACUAUUUGGGCUUUAUUUCAUUAACUGAAGAAAUAGAUUACCUUUUUAGUUCAACUGUUUGUGCUUUAUUUCAUUAACUUAAGAAAUAGAUUACCUUUGUAGUUCAACUGCAGUCAUGACUUCAAUGUUAUUGAUAACAUUUCAUCUCUGUUCUUGAUGUGUUGCCCAAAAUACCAUUUCAUUGAUCUCUUGUCGAUUCUGUCGCUUUGGUUUCUUACUCUUGAUGAUUUCACUUGACAGGACUAUUACCUGGGAGUCAAACACUGGGUCCAGGUGAUGGGGGCAAGCCCGUUAAAGUCCCCUCAGAGAGGGAAGCUGAGGCCAAAGACACAUUUAAAAUCAACCAGUUUAACCUGGUGGCCAGCGACAUGAUGGCCCUAAACAGGACUUUACCAGAUUACCGCAUGGAUGAGUAAGUGAAUGGGGGUGGGUGGGGGUGCACCAUCAAAUGAAAAAGAUAUACAACUUCACAGUUAUAUAGAUCCAUAACUUUUUCAUCACAUUGCUUUGAAGUAAUUUCAGCUUAUUCAGCAUGAUUACUGUCAUUUUGAGGGCUCAAGUAUGUGUAAAAUACAUUUUAAGAGCUUUAAUUUCAGUUGACAAUAAGUAAUCAUGGUCUAAUUUUGGCCACCUAAAUAUUUAAAUACUUAUUUCAGAUGCAAACGUAAGAAGUACCCCCCUAUCACGUCACUGCCUAAGACAAGUAUCGUUAUAGUCUUUCACAACGAAGCCUGGAGCACCCUGCUACGCACAGUCCAUAGUAUCAUAGACAGGUCUCCGCCUGAACUACUGGAGGAAAUAUUGCUGGUAGAUGAUGCCAGUGAAAAGGGUGAGGGGGAUCUUGAUAUUUUUAACAAAUUUUUAUAUUCGUUGAAACUGCUGUGCAAUUUGCUUUGGUACAGAAAAUCUGGAUGGUAACCUUGCCAGAGAUGCACAAUAAGGGAAGUGUGUUGGGCAUGUAAGAGAUGAUGACAUUUACCAUUAAUUUCCCCCACAUGUGUGGUAAAUCAUCAGCUCAUACUUAUAUUAUAUGUAUGCUGUCAUUUCCCUUACAGAACACCUUGGAAAGAAGUUAGAAGAUUAUGUAGCUAAACUUCCAGUUUCAGUUCAGGUUAUACGAACAGGGUCAAGAGUGGGAUUAAUACGAGCUAGAUUAAAAGGUUAGUAUUAUGACCUGUGUUUUGACCUAAUUGUGUUUCAACGUAGAGUAAAAGCGUCCACCACUUCUCUCUCCCCUUUUUUUUUUGUUUUGAUAUUCCCAUCACUGAUUAAAUGUCAAGCGCUGCACCAUUGCCCACCUGUCCCUUGAUUGGGAAAAGGUUGUUCUAUUUCGUUCUAAAGAAAGCUUUCAGAAGAUGCAAUUUCUAGAAUUUCUUUUCUGGAGGGCUCUGACUCCUUCCCUUUAACCUUUUCGUUACUGAUGACGUCGACGCUACGUCACGAUCACCCCCUUUCAAUUACCAAGGACUCACAUUGUCGUCUUAACAAAGAGGCAAAGAACUUUUCUGAAAUACCAAGGACGUCACGUCGACGUCAAAUUUCAAUGCUAUAUAUUUCUUUAUUCGUUAAUCUAUGGAGAAGUUAAUAAGCAAAUCAGAUAGAGAAUGAAAAAUACUGGAACUUUCCUAAAGGGUUUAAAAGUUUAAUUGCUGAGUCAGCAAAAAUCAAUGUUUUUUAAAACCAGCAGUAAUGAAUGGGUUAAAUAAGCCGACAACUUUCCCAGGAGAAAGAGAUUUUUGCUCAAUUUCCUAAUGAGUUACAAGAUUUAAUAUACUUAUCAGAACCUUACAAGAUUGUACUUAUUGUAUUUAUCGAUUAUCAUACUUUUCCCACUUGUGUUGUGAAUUUAUAUAGUUUGUAUUUCUGUAUUUUUGAUUUUGUAUAUUUUUUUAUGUCUUUAAGAAAUUUGUUUUGUGUUGUUAGUGUAGGUAAAUUAAGCUACAUUACGUGAAAGUCUUUUGGAUUUACUUGACACCCUUUGUUCUUAAAAUAUGCAGUCACAAAUGUGUUUUUAAAUUGAGAAAUUCCUGUCCAACUGAUUGUGCAAGUUGUGUCAUAAAUUAACAUAACUCAUAUAUCACAGGAAUGUCACUCCUACUGAUCAGACCCACUCCCUCUUGUUAUGCCUACAAGUAAAUGUGUAUAAGACACAUUUUGUAUGUCAAUUUUUUUGUGUAUGUAUCAUAGAUGAAUCCUUUCUUUGUCAAUUUGUUUAUAUAUGCAACCAUAGAUGCAGCUUUGUUUGUCCUUUAUUUUUAAUAUGUGCAUGUUAUCUUUGUUUAUACAGAGAUGCUUUCAAUGUUUGCCUAUGUGUUGACAUCAAUAGAUGCAUUCAAUGUCUGUCUAUCCUUUGACAACAAUAGAUGCAUUCAAAGUAUGUCAAUGUGUUGACAACAAUAGAUGCAUGUAAUGUCUGUCUAUGUGUUGACAACAAUAGAUGCAUGUAAUGUCUGUCUAUGUGUUGACAACAAUAGAUGCAUUCAAUGUCUGUCUUUUUGUUGACAAUAGAUGCAUUCAAUGUCUGUCUUUUUGUUGACAAUAGAUGCAUUCAAUGUCUGUCUAUGCGUUGACAACAAUAGAUGCAUUCAAUGUCUGUCUAUGUGUUGACAACAAUAGAUGCAUUCAAUGUAUGUCAAUGUGUUGACAACAAUAGAUGCAUGUAAUGUCUGUCUAUGUGUUGACAACAAUAGAUGCAUUCAAUGUCUGUCUUUUUGUUGACAAUAGAUGCAUUCAAUGUCUGUCUAUGCGUUGACAACAAUAGAUGCAUUCAAUGUCUGUCUAUGUGUUGACAAUAAUAGAUGCAUUCAAUGUCUGUCUAUGCGUUGGAAACAAUAGAUGCAUUCAAUGUCUGUCUAUGUGUUGACAACAAUAGAUGCAUUUAAUGUCUAUAUGUUGACAACAAUUGAUGCAUCCAAUGUCUGUUGAUGUGUUGGCAACAAAGCUCAAUGGGGAUUGUUAAAUGCGUGUCCUGUGAAUAGAGCACAAUAAAAAGAUCAACGGUCAAAUUUAGGGUUAUAUUGUUUCUGCCACUGAAGUUGCUGAUCACAGAUAUGGUUACUCUUACAAUUUUGGCCUGUGGUGUAUGAUUUUUUUAGAUGUCUUUUACGAAUGUAAGCUCAGACCUGUCAGAAUUAUGAUUUUUAAGAGACCGGGUUUAAAAAAAUAUAUUCCAGUAAUUUUUCAGAUUAAAAGUGCAACCCUGCAUUUUGAAUUUUAAAACCCCAAACUCCACCGGCACUUCUGCCCCGGUGACCUCGGCGGGCAUCCUCAAUUUCCACCCCCCACCCCACCCCAUCCAAGUCAUCUACUUUGGGAAAGUGACCUUUAGUUAGCUAAUAGAUAUUAGUUAUUGUAUACAUUCAGUGGCAUAACUAGGGUUAGUGCCACCCAGGGUGACCUGAUAAUUUUACCACCUCCUUCAACUAUAAAACUUCAGUUGUCCGAAAAUACUGCACCUCCAUGUAGAGAAAAACAUGCUGCCCGGGGCGGACAGCACCCCUUCCUACCCCACUGUAUACAUUAUACUGUAUGUUUAUUCAUUAUUAUGAUAGGGUAUUUUAGUAUAAUGAGAUGCUUAAGUACUAAUUCUGAUAAGAUAUUUUUAGUAUUUUUAAGUUCCAGUGUAACCAGGUCUGCAGCCAGCUUAACCAUGAAACCAUUAAGGUUUCCUGAGAUGCUCCAUGUUGACAGCUCAUCUUUGCCAUCUUAAAGCUGUCAAAUUGUUGUAAGAUCUGCCCCGCAGCACACACAAGAAUAUGUUCAGGUGGUGCAACCAAUGGAAGACGCCAACCUCCUUAAACAUUUUUUAAAACAUUUUUUUUUGAAUUUUUGUUAUUGAUUUUCUUUCAAUAGAAGUGGCAGACUGCAAGCACUCUAAUGCCACUGAUGCCCUUGCCGCGUCUGAGGGGAGUUGCUCUUAACCGGUCUCUUGUGUUUUUGAUGAGCUGUCAUUGUUACAUCAGAGUUGUGUUACUAGGUGCUUAAUGUUGUCUUCAUUGUUGACUCUUGUCCACACGCCCAGAGCUCUUAAGCUGAUCCCUUGGGUAUUGAAACAAUAAACACAGCGUGUUGUGAAUCUGCUCUGUGGGAUUAAUCUGAUCUCUUGGGUUGUCAGAAGUCAACUUGGUGGUGGGGAUUUUUGUGAGAUGGUCAACUUGAGUUUAUUGGUUCAAGAAGAGAACAUUUGGAUGGUCAAAUAGUCAGUUGAAUUUGAAGACAAUCAAAGCUAUGAAAUCUGACAAAAGAGCGUAUAGAAUAGUCCUAAGUCACUUAAAAUGCAGUUGAAUGCAUUUUUACAUGGUUCUAUAAAUAGAAAUGUUGAAUUAUCGACCCAAUAUGCGUAACUAAAAUAGAUUAAUUAGAGUUUUGAAAUACACUUGUAUUUGUUAUUGCAACUUUGGUGUAGGGAGGGGCCCAACUUCUCUUUAACAUUACAAACCCCCAGUGCACAGAAACCUUACCAACCUUACCCAAGUCAAUGGGAAGUUUUUCAAACCCAUUCUAUAGGAAAAUUACCAAGCCAAGUCCAUAGAAAGGUAUUACCCGCGGCUCAAAGAUGGAAGACCAACCUGUGCUUCACCUAAUGUUAAUUGUCUGUUUCAUCCAGGUGCUCAGAUAUCUAAAGGUCAGGUCAUCACAUUUCUUGAUGCUCACUGUGAGUGUACACAGGGUUGGCUAGAGCCACUGCUCUCUGAGAUACACAAUGACAGGUGAGCUUUGGUGUGGUGGCUAAAACAGUGUCAGUGUAGCAUUGACACAGGGGGGCUAAUUAUACCACACAAUUUUUUUUUUAAGGCCCAGUAUUUUUGUCAGUAGUUAUUUACAUAAGUUUUUCAAGUUUUGACUCAGCCAACAAUGCAUUAUAUGUUCUGUGUCCUCAGGACGUCGGUCGUGUGCCCUAUCAUUGAUGUGAUCAGCGAUGACACAUUUGAAUACAUAACUGGAUCUGACAUGACAUGGGGCGGAUUUAACUGGAAACUCAAUUUUCGAUGGUAUCAAGUUCCACAGAGGGAGUUGGAUAGAAGGGCAGGGGAUCGUAGUCAGCCCACAAGGUUAGUUGCAUGACAUGAUACAGGAUGCUUUACCAAACUUAAAGCCAGCACUCUAGUUGGCCAGCCUUUCUUAGGUUAUCAAAGAAAUCAUUUUAUUCAAAUAGAAAUAAUACUAUUUUAAAAUCACAAACUUGAUGAAUUGGGAGUGGAUUAAAAGGGAUACUUACAUUUAUUUGGUGACCAAAGGCUAUUUGAAAUAGUAAUAUUAGAAACUAAUGCCAAAAAAAAAUCUCAAAAAAGGUUACCCAGCGAUUAAACGCUAGGGCUUUAUUCUCCUGCUUUUACACAAAACUAUUAUUUUGAAUCUGUUAUUACGUAUUGUAUAUGUUCUCAGGACUCCAACCAUGGCUGGUGGCUUAUUUGCCAUUGACAGGGCCUAUUUUUAUGAGAUGGGCUCAUAUGAUGAAGGCAUGGACAUCUGGGGUGGAGAGAACUUAGAGAUGUCAUUUAGGGUAAAGAUAUGGACUGUCACUGCUCUCUGACAUCUAACUGACUCUCACAGCCUCUGACUUUUACUGUUUUCUGCCUCUGACAUCUGACUUUUUUUGUAUAUUUUUUUUUUUGUUUAAGGUGUGAUGUAUAAACUGCCGAAUAUUCCUGUUCAGACUUACGUAACAGCAGGAGACCUUAUUCAAGGUUUAACAAAAAGAUUUUUAAAAAGGCACCAAAAGUUGUACUCAACUCUUGCAAUAAUUAUUUUAAAAAACUAGGGCAUUAUAUUGUUGGAGUUGGUCUUUUGUCACUUUAUAAUCCUGCUCUCUUCACAAACAGAUAUGGAUGUGUGGAGGGAAAAUCUACAUUGUUACCUGUUCAAGAGUUGGCCAUGUUUUCCGCAAGACCUCGCCGUAUUCCUGGCCGGGAGGCGUGGGAAGAAUCAUCAACCAUAACACCCAGCGUAUCGUCGAGGUCUGGAUGGAUGACUACAAAGACUUUUUCUACAAGAUCAAUCCUGGUAAAAAGGAAACUUGCUUUAUUGACUUCAGCUUUUAUCCUUGGAAUAUAAUUGGAAAAAAAAUUAAUUCUCAUGAACUUCUGAUGUUCUGAAAGCUGCACUUGUACAUCUUCAGGUGUUCGGGCCACAGAGUAUGGGGAUGUGUCCAGUAGACAAGAACUAAGGCAAAAGCUGAACUGCAAAAGUUUCAGGUGGUACCUGGAGAAUAUUUACCCUGAGUCUCAGUUGCCGAUAGACUAUCAUUCCCUAGGAGAGGUCAGUUUCUAUCUCCGAUCAUGUAGACUGUCAUUCCCUAGGAGUGGUCAGUUUCUAUCUCUGAUCAUGUAGACUGUCAUUCCCUAGGAGUGGUCAGUUUCUAUCUCCGAUCAUGUAGACUGUUAUUCCCUAGGAGUGGUCAGUUUCUAUCUCCGAUCAUAUUUUUGUUCACCUUGUAUAUUGGCCAUUUAUUGAGUUUUUAAUACUGAAUACUGAAGGAAGUAGAAACAUCUUGGAAAACGGGAAUAACAAAACCUGAUUCUGUAUGUUUUGGCUUAAAAAAUAAACGAAUACAACUUUUGUUUAAUCAUCUCUAGUUAAUGUAUUGAUACAAAAAAUAAUCUGACAUUUUUUUUAAAGUAAAAACACAUAUCCCAUUGUAUUUGCACAACAUUUUGUGUAUGGUUGGUAGAAAGAAAAAAAAAAUUAAAAAUUCAAAGUACGUCUGUGUAGAUUUUUAAAUGAUGAUACUCAUAUAUCUUUCUAACAACGUUACCGACAGAUGAGAAACAAAGCCACCAGUCUUUGCUUAGAUACAAUGGGUCGUAAGAGUGGGGAGAAAGUUGGUCUGGAGAGGUGCCAUGGACAGGGAGGCAAUCAGGUAAUCUUUUAUUGAAACGGCGGUGCAGAAUAUGUAACAAUAAUUGGCAUUUCAAAAGAGUAGAAAUCUCUUGGACAGAUCAAACUAUUUCAUUUAUUUCGCAAAUUUUUGUGGUCCAUAUAAAAUAUAAUUAAUUUUUUUAUUGUUGGGGUGGAGCGGGUUUUUAGUUUGUGCAUUAAUGAAUAAGUUUAUUCAUUUCAAAAUUACUUGUUUUAUAAUACUUGAGUUUAUGUGUUAAGUUGGGAAUGAAGAAAGUAAUUUUUUUUAUCGACAAAUAUGCGAUGUGCAUAUUAAUUUAAGCUAACAAAUUAUUUUAUCAGUUAUCCUUUUAAUAUCUCAGUUUUGUAUCAACAGCUUCCAAGACUUGCCUUUCUGUGAGGCUGUUUAAUGUCAUGAUAGUGUCAACAGCUUCCAAGACUUGCCUUUCUGUGAGGCUGUUUAAUGUCAUGAUAGUGUCAACAGCUUCCAAGACUUGCCUUUCUGUGAGGCUGUUUAAUGUCAUGAUAGUGUCAACAGCUUCCAAGACUCGCCUUUCUGUGAGGCUGUUUAAUGUCAUGAUAGUGUCAACAGCUUCCAAGACUCACCUUUCUGUGAGGCUGUUUAAUGUCAUGAUAGUGUCAACAGCUUCCAAGACUUGCCUUUCUGUGAGGCUGAGAGUUUUGCCACAGUUUUUUAACAUGUUGAUUUAUAUUUCAAGCUGUUUACCAUGUCAUAUUUCUUGUGUGCUACUGCCUUCCACUCAGGUAUUUUCCUACACAGCCAAGGAAACCUUGCAGACAGACGAUCUCUGUCUAGACGUGUCAAGUUUAGGAGGACCCGUUAAAUUAUUUCAGUGCCACGGCAUGGGAGGCAACCAGCGUUGGCAGUAUAACCUGGAGGUAGUCCGGACUAGCCACCCCCUCGGCCAUUCUUGUAGUUCUAGAGCCUCCACCACCAGCCUUCACUAAAGUGCACCUUGUUUUCCGUCAUAACACUGCUUGUCAAUAUUUCAAUUAGUUGGAAUGUUCUGUGCAUCUUUAUUUUUAUUUUUUUUUUAGUGCUGAAGGGUAUGGCAUACUAACUGGGUCAGAAAUACAUACAUUUUAACUUCUAUGAAAAUGUGUUAACCUGAAGAAUUUUAUCAGCCAUCUUUUAUUCUUGUGCCAGUGGAUCCUACAGCCUACCACAGUAUUACCCGUGGCUAUUGGCCAUGUCAAGCGGAUUAAGUAGUUAGGAUUUAAUGCAUAACACAGUUUCCAUCUCUUUAAAAUAAAAAAUUAAAAAAUUGUUAUUUCUAACAAAUGGGUUACACAAGUACUUAUCAAAUUUGAACAGAUUGAAAAGUCUUUUUAAUCGCUAGGUAGGAAAUUUGAGCUCAUCAAGAUGUAAGAAAUUUGGUUUUAAAAAUGUCUGUUAAGAAGUUAAAACAGACAGUUAUCUUGGACAAAAUAUAGAUGAAAGGAGUUUAGAAACAAGUUUUCUUUUGAAAAAUUAUAGUUAGCAAGCCUCAAAUAUGUCCCUAUGGAGUAGCCAGCCCUACCUACUAAAGUCCAUUUGCUCAGUUUGACCUAUUUCAAGAUUUUUUUCACUAAAAAAAGUAUUGGUCCUGUAUUUAUGUGCCAACCUAUUCAGCAUGUUGAAUGUGUCCACAGAUACAAGACUUUUUGACAGCAUCAUCUGCCAAAAUUAACUGUUUUUUUUUGUGCUGGCUAAUAAAUGCUUGAUUUUUUUGUAUGAUGUGCCUUUUAACAUUUUUAAUUCUCAUUACCUUUCAAAAUUAUUUGAGAUUCAUAUUUCAUCUUUUAGGUAGCGUAUUAUUUAAAUCUUGAGCAAUCUUGAUAAACAGGCAAAUGACACAAUGUAAUUAAUUUUGCCCAAGAAGUUUUUUUUUUUUUUUACACACAUUAAGACAAUAGUGAUGAGGUUUAACUAUUCAAUCUCUAUUUUGAAUCUCAGAUCUUUUAGAAAGGAAGCUUGAAAACAGAAAUAAAAAUGUACGCAAGUCCAUAUCUAUAUCUUGAAGCUGUUCACUCAACUUUUUGACACUAUGGCGUUGACCAAAUGAGUCCACUCUCUUGUCCUGCUUCAAAUCUGUAGCUGCAUGAGUGCCAUUUUGUUGUUAGCUGAAUGUGUUGUUGCUUGCUGUCCUCAACUCUAGGUGUUUUGCCUCACCAAGAACCAACAGCUGAUGACUGACGAUGACAUGUGCAUUGGUGUUGUGGACAGUGAGGUCAAGUUUGUCAAAUGUGGUGCACAUAGCUCAAAAUGGGACUAUAUCAAAGAGGUGUGCUGUUGCUUGUUGGGGCAUGGGAGGCCCAAUGGGAGGAUCCAAUUUCUCUAAGUCAUGCAGUUAGAAAUAAACAAAUAUGGUGGGAAGUCAAGAGAACAUGGAUAGAAAUUAACCCUAUGUAAAGCACAGCUAUUUUUUGAGCCCCAAAUAACACACUAUAUCAAAGUAUUUGUGCAGUUUAAAAUUAUACUAACUUUAUUUUAAACCCAUAUUUUACAAAGAAUUAUUUAAAAUACAUGCAAUGUUUAAUGAAUGAUUAUUAUUUAUUUUAAACAAGAGAAAUUUUUUAAAAAGAAAUUUUAGUAAUCUAAUUUUGUUUGAUGGUGCAUGCCCUUUUUUUAAAACUUAUUGUCAAUGUUGCAUUACUUACAUGUUCUUAGUUUGUCUUAGUAACAUUAUUGGAGAUUUGUAUCUAGUUUUGUUUCACUAAUGGCAAGCACAUUUUAAAACGUCUUAAAUAUCGAUUACCUACCUCAAGUCUAAUUUUAAAUUGUUCUGCACAACAGUCUGCUUUCCAAAUUAAAUCAGUUGCAGUUCAGUAUAGAUGUAUAAGCCUCCCUUGAAAUCUUUCACUUGGCUUAGCUUUGAACAAUGAGCCAUCCAUUCUAUGAAAUUUAAAAUAAAAAAAAGCUUAGCUUUUAUAGAUUGGCCAUCCAAUAAUUUUUCUUUUUUUAACCAGUAUUUUCUCUUUGCCAAUCUCAAAUAAAUCAUGAUGGAAGGCAUCUCUUUGAAAAAUGUCAAAGUGGUUUGUGCUUAUCUUAACCUCAACACCACCUUUUAAACAAUGGGAUUUGAACACUGAUGUUCAUGAGAUGAAAGGCAAAAUUUAUUUACGUGUUAUUCUAAUAAUUUUUUUGAUCCUGCUACCAAUGAAUUCAUUAAUUAAUUAAAUGAACUGAAGUAAUUGGCAUUUAUUUAAAUCCCUGGCACUUGAGAUUUAACACAAAAAUACAAUCGUAUCCCUGUCAGCUUCUCUGUUGAUUGUGAGCAAUAAAAAAAGUUAAUAAUAAUAGUAGCUCAGAUGAAUACUUUGAUUUUUAGUUGUAUUUUUUUUUUAAAGAUGAGAAACCAGUUUCUUUUUCAUGUGACCCUUGCAUAAAAAAUACAUUCUUUUAACCACAGACCAAAACACUUCGCCAUGUAAAUACAGACCAAUGUUUGGGUAAGCCGGGUACAAGAGAGAAGGACGCACCAAGUAUAGGUAAGCUCCCACCCAUAUACAUAGUAUGUGCUGCUAAUAUUACACAGAGAGCAUAAACAGAAGGUGUGUCAAUAAGCUUGUAGAUAAAAAAAAUACAAAAUCAUUUGUUUACGCUAUAAUGGUGAAGCUUCAUUUGUAACGUAGAACAUUUCGGGAAAUUCUUGAAAUGAGGUUUUUUGUAUAUAUGUACUAUUUAAAUAAAGCAUGAUGAUAAAUAGUAAUGUCUAAUGAUCAAUCCUAAUACAACAAAUGCAAAUAAAAACCAACGGGAACAAUUGGCACCAAGCCUUGACAUGUCAAAGAAAAUAACAGAAAAGGUUGGCAGUGGCUUCUCCUUGAUUUUAUUGUCAAAUGCAUUAGUUCAAUAGUUCAUUGGCUACUCUUACAGUCACUGCCAAGUAAAGUUGAAAAACUUCAAAUGUUCCCUACAGAAAAAUGAACCAUGUGGAAAAUUUUCUAAUUAUACACAUUUUGUUACCGAAAAUUUUCCAUUUGUUACUUGUUACCUAAAAUAUUCCUUGAUUUAAUAAUGUAACAUGAGGCCUCCUUCCAUCCAGAUUUGUCACACCCUACCUGUCAAACAAUCUGCAGAAGCGGUACUGAGCAUGAAGCUCUUGACCGCAUCCUACCCUACCAAACCUCCCUAUAAUUUACUCUUUCUCCCACCAGGUCGAUGCACUGGAGGUGAAGAUCAAGAAUGGGUCCUGGGUGGAAUGAAGGAAAGCCUACUGUGAUGAUAGCAGAUUAUAACGCAGGGAGUACUCUACAAUACCAGUGAAACACACACACACACACAAUCUGGACUGGCCAAGGAAGCUCCUGUCUGGGUAUAGAAAAACACAUGUAGUCACUAAACUCAGUAAGCAGCGAUAAAACAUGUAUCACUGAUAGCAAUCGGGUGCUCGGCCGCCACAGCUGAACCAAUUUUGUUCUUUGUCAAUCACUUCAAAAGAUGUGUUCUCAAAUCAAAUGUGCAUAAUCAGCAUACAUUAUUUUCCACACGCCCUUGUCAUUUUUCCACUAACACUUUCUUGUCACAAUGAACUGCUCAUGUUAUCACAAAGACUUAUUGCUCACUCGAUUAGUGUCUCUGAGAACGUCGGCCCACAUAAUCAUCUGUUGAUAAUCAUAAUUUAUAUUUCCGUUUCACAAAUGAUUUGCGAAGAAGCGUUGUUGAUGUUGAGACCGUCAUAUAUUCAUCUGUCUUAUCAUUUAUUUUUAAUUUGAAUAUAUUGAAACUUUGGUGAUAUAAAAACUAUGGGGCUUGUUUCACAUGAUUGAUCUGUAUUUUAUUUUGAUUGUUAUAUGAUUAUUGCUUGAUACAAUAGAAGAGAAUUCUCAUGUAUUAUGGGAUCAUUUGUUGAUUUAUUUUUUUUUUAUCCCUUUGCAUAUCACAUUUUUUAAUUAUUAUUUCAUGGUAACAAAAUUUUCCACCAUUCUUUGUAUUCAUUUAUUCCUUAAGCUCUAUAGAUAUCCCCCAACCUAAUUUCAAGGUCCACUUUAAGUUUGUGCAUAUCUUUCUCUUAUUUCCAACUACCUUUCAUAGUCAUUCAUUUGAAUCAGGGAAUACCCCAACGAUCCAUUUCAGACACAGGUAUUCUUUGUUUUGUUUAUUUUAAAGUGUGAAAUAAUAAGUUUUAUGCUGCUAAUGCUGUAUUUCGCUGUAUAACUGUUCGAUUUUAUCCUUUGAGUUUUCAUUUUUUCCCUAAUGCUGGCGGUCAUUUACUUUCAAAAUGUCUCGUGAAGAACUUGGCACCAGCGGUCGAUUUAAAUUAUAAUUGUCUCGGUUAGAAUCAAAAUUAAAUGUUGAUAAUAAACAAAUCAAAAUAUUUCUUGAGAGCAAUUAUUCAUUAUAAUUUACUGUCAGUUAUUAUUAUUUAUUUCUUUAGCUCAUCCCACUCUCCAGUCACAAUUAUUGCGGACAGUGCCCCUGGUAAAUGGAAAAGUGCGUGAAAUUUGCACAGUUAGUAUAACAUGAUUUUCUGAGAUUAAAAAAAACUUUAAAAGUGUUGAAACGUUACCACGUAUGAAGGUAAACCUUGUUAACUACUUUAUUUAUUUUUUAAAUCAAUAAAUCAUGUUGUGUUCAACAAUAAAAAUGAACUCCCCCUAAUUUUUGAGGAUCUAAUUUAACAAAACUCUGUUCUGUUUUAUAAACCUUCUCUUUUGAUCACCUACUGAUGACGAUAUUGAGAUGUAGACUAUGGAAUAUAUAUGUUAAUGAUAAAGCAAAACGAGGUAUGUUGAAGCUUGCAUAAAUAUGUCAUUGUCAAAAACCCUUUAGAAGGUCAAUCCUCAAAACAAAUAGUUUUCAAAACCUAUUUCAUCAGAAUAUUUUUUUUUUAAUUAAUUUUAUUUUUAUUAUUAUUUUACGAUCUCAAUAUGCUUGUUGUAAUACAUGAACUGUAGAGGAGAUCAUGCUGCGGCAAGAGUUUUGAUGGAAAUCCUUUUCUUAAAUUUAAAAUGGAGCUAGUCACUUUGAUGCAUUUUACAUCUGUAUAAACUGGUGUAACUGGUCGUAAUUGGAUGUCAUCGCAGGCUGAACAUCAGCUCUUAGAUUCCCCAGAUGUUCUGUCGUAUAAAUAUGUACGGUAAUUUAAAGAACUCAGGAGGAUAAAAUUACCAGGCAAUUUUUUUCUCAGCACAUUUCCCUCAGGGGAACACUUUUAAAACAAACAUACUGUUGUGAAAACAUCCCUUUUGUUGAUGAGGUCUUCAAUUAUUUCCCAGAAAAUUUCCUUUCUCGAAGCACAAAUUGUAUGUACGAAAUAAUUGUAUUGAUGCUGCUUGUGUUGGCUUGAGAAUGGGGUGUGAAUUAUGUUUACAAGCUUUUCAUGCUAUGUAGGAAAUUUUCAUGUAUUUAUAAUAAAGUCAUUAAAGUCUAAGUACAUAAAUUAUGGGGACUGAGACAAAUGACAUAUGGUUUGAGAUUAAAUUCUGAGAAAUGUCAAAGAUUGCCUUGGACAUUUCACAUGAUUAUACAACGGAUGAACUUUAUGUGAGGCUAAUUAGGUCGUUAGCAAGGGGGAAGGGGGUGUUAUGGGAGAGAAAGAAUGUGCCAUUCAUUGAAAUUUUUAAAAUAAUAAAUACAUGAGGUUGCGAUUGUUUAUUAGUGAGGCACAUAUUUGACUGCCAUGAUAAAGCACAUUUCAAAUACAGUAUGAAAGGAUAUACGGCCGGACCUCGCUUUUCUCUCUCUGCUGUAAAUAUGCUUGACAAACUUGGAAGUUGUUUCUCACUUUGAGGAAACGUACUCUCGUCUGUCUUUUUAUUCUGGCAGCAGCAAAUCAUCAGUUCUAAGGGUGUCCCUUCUUUUCUUCCAAUGUUUCUUCUUUCAUCACUAACUAGCAGUGUGAAUAACCUCUUGUUCCUUUGACCAGAGUAGGCAAGUAGCAGUGUGACUGACCGCUUGCUUCUUUUACCAGAGUAGGCAAGUUGCCAUGAAUAAUACGCACACCUUGCAUUUCUUUUAGUCAGCGAAGGGAAAUCUGUUGUAUGUCCUACUGUCAGCUUUUUAUUAGUCUUAGUCUGGCAAAUGAAGUCAAACGUUUGAUUUGUAAUGUAUUAAAAAUAUACCCAUGAAAUCUGCUUGUCAUGAAAUACAAAUGCAAAGUUACUGGAUUGAAUUUAUUAUUAUUUAUUUUUUAUUGAUGCAAAUUUGUUUUCUUUCAUUUGAAAUAAUGCACUUAAAGAUUUUUUUAUAUUUUUUUUCCCAAAGCUCAUAGCAUUUUUAAAUGAAUAAUCCUAUAAAUAGGACUGUGUCAAUAAGAUGCAAUUGUGUUACAUUAGGGUUGUCCUCCAUGCUUAGAAACAAAAAUUUGGGGCUAGAAUCUUGAAUCUGAUGGUCUGCCUUGAUCCACAAGUUUUAUUUGACCAUUUUGAUGUAUUGCUUUGGUCCAAAGAACUAGUCCAACUAGAUGUAUUAACAAUCAUGGUGGGGUGUGGGAAAAAAGGGAAGGUGGCUAGGGAUGACGUUUUAGUUAAUUCCUGC